AUGAAGUACCCAUUGGAGAAUCUAGCUAAGUUGUACAUGGAUGAAAUCAUCAGGUUACAUGGAAUUCCUGAUGAAGUAGGUGAACGGAAGAUCUUAAACCCGAUCACAGUGCCCUGGAUUGAGAAAGCGAAUGAGAAGGUAAAAUUGGUACGUCAAAGGAUUCAAACCGCGCAAAGUCGUCAGAAGAGCUAUGCAGAUAAUCGGAGGAAGGAUUUGAAAUUUUCGAUUGGAGAUUUAGUGUUUCUUAAAAUCACACCGCUGAAAGCGAGCUUGAUGUCUGGGAAAGGAAAGAGGUUACAACCGAGGUAUGUAGAACCUUAUAAGAUUAUCCAACGUGUGGGGAAUGUGGCAUACAAGUUGGAGUUGUCGCCAAGUUUAUCCCGAAUUCAUAAUGUGUUUCAUGUAUCUAUACUUAAGAAGUAUCAUCCAGACCCUUCUCACAUUUUGCAACCGGAGGGUAUUGAAAUUGAUGAAACCCUGACCUAUGAGGAGAAACCGGUGAAACUUUUGGAUAGGAAGGUGAAAGAAUUGAGAAAUAAACAGAUACCGUUGGUGAAAGUUCUUUGGAGGAACCACGGUCUAGAGGAAGCGACUUGGGAAGUCGAGAAAGCAAUUCGAGAAAAGUAUCCAGACCUAUUCAUCAAUCAAGCUUUAAAUUGA